UCUAGAGUGAACAUGAUCUGAGAUUUUUCUCUCCUUUUUUGUUUGAAAUUUUGGUUCAUUUAGAUCAUGAGUUUUUCUUCUUUUUUUUUGGUAUACUUGUUUUCCUGUCUUACUACAUUGAAUUGUCUGGAAAAAUGUUGGAUUCAUGGUGUUCGUCAUUUUCUGGAUAAUUUGGAGGGUUUUUCUUAGAGCAGCUUCUCAUAAGAGACAUAUAAUAUAAUUAUGAGGCAUGGGAACUGAAGUACAUGUGAACAUGCUUCUUCCAGGAUAUUAUUCAUUGACGAAUCCAAAAGGCAAUUCUGGCGAUGUUGGCUGGUCUUUACCUUGCGAAAACAGAAACUCAGGGCCAUAUAGUGAUUUCUUCCUGAGGCUGGCAAUGGGAUAUGACAAGGAACAAAUGAGGCAAACUAUCCUGGAACAUGAUUCGAUAUUCAGGCAUCAGCUUCAUGAACUCCAUCGCCUUUACGGAAUACAACGGGAUUUGAUGAAUGAAAUCAAGAGAAAAUACAAAAAAAAACAUUUGAUCCCUCGGGCUACAUCACACUCGAAUCCGUUUUCAUGUGGCUUUAAGAUGAACGAAAGAUUUGGCAAACUUCAGAGUCACAUAUUUCAGACUUGAAUUGUUUUAGGCUAUUUACAUCCGGUGCAAAUGGAAUCCACUCUCAGUUUAGUCCCUUGAAAGGAAAUGCACCAAAAUCCAGUUGCUGUUUGACUCAAAAGGGCUUAAAGUCAAAAAACCGUGAAAGUUUGGAAUCCCAGCCGAACAAGGUUCGGACUAGAUUAUUUGACCUUGAAUGUCCAGCCGGGGAAUAUAUUAACAAUGAAGAUGGAGCUCUAGGAGUGUCUGCAAAAAAGAGUUACGAGGUUUCUAGUGAGAGGAAUGGAAACUUAUCAAUGCACUAUGAUAGCAAUUGUAGUUCUAAUGGUGAAGCUACUAGGUGAUUUGAAUGAACCUAUUCCGGUUGAGGAACCAUCUAGUUCAGCUUGUGUUGGUAUUCUGACUAACAUUAGUAGCACAAAAAGGAGGUCCAAAGGAAGGAUCUAUCGUCUAUGUCACAGCUGCUUCUAGGCUUCAACCAAAGGGGUGUAGAAGUUCUCCAAGAUUUGGAGGUUGAAAGCAGGCAAAAUGGAGGAGGGUUCUCUAAUAAAUUUGAAAAUGGACAACCUAGAAGCAAUGUAAGUUUUUAUCCUGAAGAUUUGCAUGUCUCACAGAAAUCGGUACAAGCUGAAACUAAUGAGGCCCGACCUGCAGUGUUUCUUUCAUUUAAUCAGAAUAAGAGAGGAAUGUUUGGAAAACGGGAAAAUUUUGGCAUAGAAAUACCUGAAAACAGUAUCGGUAUGUCUACUGUUACAUCACACGGACUUGAUCCGAUGUCUGUUCAUUCUUGGUCAGAUGCAGCUCAUUCUGAGAUACUCUCUGUCUCAAGUCGGGCUAUAUUUAAUGGUAACUCGAGCCGAAAUGGCUCUUGGACCUAUGGCCAGCUGAAUACUAGUUCAACAGCCUUGCUGCAGGACCAUUACAUUACCAGGGGCAAAUUGCUUGUUGAUAGCAAUUCAAGAUCUCUUCCAAGUUCUCUUGCUGAGGGAUUGGCACAAAAUGACUUUCUCGGUGCAUUUGAUUGCAAGAAACCGCGAGCUUGCAAGUCUCUACCUUGGAUGAUGGAGGCAAAGUCCGCAAUCGAUCUAAAUGCAGGCACAAUGGCUGCAGACGGUUAUGAGAUUGAAGAAAUUUCUGGAUCAGACUUUGCUUCUGUUAAUGGAUCCAUAAAACAGAACUCAAAUGGAGGAUUGUCUUGGUUAAGGGCUCCAAGACCCAGUUAUGUGAAACCUAACAAAGAUGUCGAAGGUUCUCGUGUUGAUGAUCCGAAGCACAGGAAAAACGAUACUAGUUAUUCUUCGAGCAGUACAAAGCUUCUUGGUUUCUCUGUUACUGAAAAUAUAUGCCAAGAUCUGCCUUCGCCUAACAUGCCAUUAAAGCCGAGUUCUCAUGCUUCUGCAAUUGAUGGUGUUAACUCUGACAUGACUCGAAGGCCUUUGUUGGUUGCUGAUACGAGUUCAGAUAAUCCAAAUGCUAAUGCUGGACGCAUUGAUUUGAAUUUGCGUGUUACCGGAAAAGGGAUAGAAGAUAUUCAAUCAACAUCCUUUUCCGUAAGGACCAAUGUGAGGAUUGCUGAGAUAGACUUGGAGAUGCCAGUGAAAACCAAAAUGGGAACUAGGGAUACCUUGGAUUACAAGUCUCUCGAAAACAGCCUUACGAGGCCUUCCAACUUGUUACAUGUCGAAGCGGACCAGUCUCCAGGACUCACUAGUGUUUCCGUGGCAGGCAGCUGAGGCUCUGAUUGCCAUAUCAUCGUCCCGUGUGAUUGAUCUUCAUCAGAAUGCCGGCUCAGACAAAUCGGAAGUAUCCGCAAGCGAUUCACUUCUUGGUUUGCAGAGAUCGUUACUUCCUGCAAGAGUGACACCGAGAAUGAUGUCGGAUCAUCCGGAUCCCGAGAUGCUUGAUUAGCUGCUGCCCUCCUCUCCUCUAGCUAUAAAACAACUUUCAGAGAGAACCGCAAAUUUUUCUCAUGGCUCUGCGAUUCGGAAUUUUCAAGCCCUGGAGAUCCACACUGUACAUGUUCCCUUUUGAUUGUAAUUGAUUUUCUCUACUAGUUCAAGGUGUCCUGAAUCCCGAGUGAGUGUCUCUGUGUAAUUCUUCGUAAUAAGUUGCAUGGCGUCGACCCUCAUGCAACGAGAAAACA